UUCAAUACCACACACCAUGUCACGCCCUGAAGAUAUCCUCCCUCCGGACCUGUUCUACAACGACAAUGAAUCGCGAAAGUAUACAAAGUCCUCGCGAAUCCGCAACAUCCAAGCCAGCAUGACCAGUCGCGCACUGGAACUCCUCGACCUAAAAUCCCCCUCCUUCAUCCUCGACCUCGGCUGCGGCUCCGGACUCUCGGGCGAAAUGCUGUCCGAAGUGUCACCCGAAGAAGGCGGCCCGCACACCUGGAUCGGGAUGGAUAUUUCACCUAGCAUGCUGGACGUGGCUUUACAACGCGAAGUAGAAGGCGAUCUAUUCCUUGCCGACAUAGGCCAGGGCGUACCCUUCCGACCGGGCACAUUCGACGCCGCAAUCAGCAUCAGUGCAAUCCAAUGGCUGUGCAAUGCGGAAUCGAGCGACGUCAGUCCUGAAGGUCGUCUGCGACGCUUCUUCGAAGGUCUGUAUGCCAGUCUUCGUCGGGGUGGACGUGCGGUGUGUCAGUUCUACCCGAAAAACGAUGUCCAGCGGAGUAUGAUCAGUGGAGCUGCUAUCAAAGCGGGCUUUGGUGCGGGUAUCCUUGAAGAUGACCCCGGGACUAAGAGCAGCAAGUUGUAUCUGGUUCUGACUGUUGGUGGUGGUGGUCUGCCUGGUGAUAUUACUGGUGUUGUGAAUGGCAUGGAUGAUGUUAAUGUCUUGGAUGCGAGACGCAAGGCUACGGAGAUCAAUAAUGCUCGUGCGCCGAGGAAGGGCGAUAAGGCUUGGAUUAUGAACAAAAAGGAGCAGAUGGCGAAGAAGGGCAAGGUCGUUAAGGCGAGCUCGAAAUACACUGGCCGCAAACGACGAAUCGCUUUCUGAUUGAACUGCUUUUGUUUACGGGCACCGCCGGGCGUCUUUGGUGGAUUCGAUAAAAGAGA